AUGGCCAAAGAUGAGACCACUUACUUGACGCAAAAGGAAAUCGAUGAAUUUGUGGCAGAACUCGACAAGGAUCGCGAUGGAAACAUCUCAUACCAGGAGCUCGAACACAAGUUAGACGUGGUCUACCAGGAACUGCAGCCGAAAGCAAAGUCCCAUAACUUACAUCACGAGUCGAGGCAAGAUGAACGACAUGAGUUCCUGCGGGGAGUUAUGGGCACCGAAAAGGACACCAUUCCGGUGGAAGAUUUCAAGAAAGUGGUGGCUUCUUGGAAAAUAGCGUCGCUCGAGCAGGACAAACAAGCCGCCAAGGAUGAAGCUGAUUAUAUGAAGGGCAUCUCCUGGCCACGGCGGUUGAGAGCAAUUUGGGAAGUCGAUGGACCGGAGUAUUUGUUCCUCUUCAUCGUUGUCGCUUUGCAGGUUGGCCUCGGCGUGUGGCAAUGCGUCACAUACUCCACAGGGCCACAGUAUCAAGCCGCACUGGGUUGGGGUGUAGGUAUGGCCAAGACCUGCGCAGGAGCUCUCUACCCGACACUGUUUUUUAUGCUGCUCAGCAUGUCGAGGUUGUUCUCCACCAUCAUGCGGAAAUCAUACUAUAUCUCCCGGGCCAUCAAUUGGGAUCUCAGUCAAUCAUUCCAUGUCAAGAUCUCGUGUGUAGCGAUUGCUCUCGCGACAUUGCAUGCCAUUGGCCAUCUUUCUGGAUCUUUCGUCUAUGGGAGCCGCGAAAACCGACAGGAGGCUGUUGCGGAAAUUCUAGGUCCAGACGCAGUGCCACGACCUUAUGCUGCCUUUGUUCGUUCGACUCCGGGCUGGACGGGGCUCGCUGCUUUGAGCCUGUUUUAUGUUCUGGCUCUCCUCAGCAUGCCAUAUAUUCGCAAAUGGUCUUAUGAGAUCUUCCAGAUGGGACACUUGUUGAUGUUUCCCAUCAUUGGCCUCCUUAUGGCGCAUGGAACAGCCGCUUUGUUGCAAUUUCCUGUGCUUGGAUUGGUACUUGCCUUUCCAACGCUAUUUGUUCUCGCAGAACGAGUCACGCGUAUGUUCAAUGGCUUGUACAAACUCCCUGCAUCCCUCGAGGUCCUUGAUGAAGACACGGUGCGAAUCAGCUGCACAAUUCCGAGUCGGCGUAUUUGGAGGUAUAGAGCAGGGCAAUACGUCUUUCUGCAAGUACCACAGAUCUCAAUGUUUCAAUGGCAUCCAUUCACGAUCUCAACCUGCAUUGGGCGGCAGAUGGAGCUUCACAUCAAGACCGGUGGAGACUGGACGGGAAAGCUGCGAGAGAUGAAGGAAUUAAAAUUUGUUGGAAUUGACGGCCCUUUUGGAGCCCCGGCACAGAGGUUUUAUGACUUUGAUCAGACUGUGAUCGUCGGUGCAGGAAUCGGCGUCACACCUUUCUCUGGAAUCCUGAAUGAUCUGCAAACAAGGGAGGAUCAUCAUUGGAAUCGCCGUCGAGACUCAACCUCUACAAACGAGUCCAACGAGAUUGGAGACACAAGCAAUCUUCCAGUUCAAAAUAUGCAUUCUGACGGCCCGAUCGUUCAGUUUGGAAACAAGUCAUUCGAUCUGGAAAAGUAUCGUCGGGUCGACUUUCACUGGGUGGUGCGAGACAAGAAUUACCUGCUCUGGUUUUCGGAUCUUCUCAACAAGAUUUCGUCUGAAUCGCCCACCCGCAACCCCAACCUUGAUAUUCGGAUCCACAACCAUUUGACAAAGAGGCGAAAAGAUAUUUCGACGCAUGUCUAUCGGUGUUUGUUGGAAAAGCAUCGGACUGAAGGACAGCCCAUUUCACCCUUGACAGGUCUGAUAGCACCCACGCAUUUUGGAAGGCCAGACUUUCCGAAAAUCAUGAGCGAUCAUUACGAAGAGAUGGUCAAGUUGUUCGCCAGAGACAGGAUGAGGAAGAGAAAGGUGGGGGUCUUCUUUUGCGGAGCGCCAGUUAUUGGGCAUGCAUUGGCGGAUCUGUGUCAUCAAAUGACAUUAAGAGGCAGAGAAGAUGGGACUGAAGUCGAGUAUCAUUUCAUGAUCGAAGUUUUUGGAUAG